CAUUCAGUACUCGGGUGGCGUUCAGUGAGGUGCGUUCGAUCGCUCACACUGAGGCAUGGCGGAUUAAUUUGCUCACGAUUUUGACGGUAGUGUGGUGUAGUUGAGCUCAGUUUUUUGGGGUUAUGCGCAUCGAAAGCAUUGGUAUUUUAUUCCGAUGUUUUAUAGCUAAUCAGUGACUGUCAUUUUUUUGGCGUGUGAGUGCUUUGUUUGUUUCAAUUUGCAAUAGUUUCGAUGGAUGGUUUGAUUCCUUACGAUUGGCUGAAGUGAUUGUUUUAUUAUGGAAGGGUUUUGUUUACUGUAAAGUUAAAAUUUUGUGAUCUGCUGUCAAUAUAGCUACACAGCUGUGCCACCGCUGGCAGAACUUGGCGGCUUUACACAAAAUAAGAAGAAAAUUUUACGAUGGCAAGUGCAAUCUGUGACGAAGAUGUAAUAGUUAUUGUAGUGGAGCAGUGAAACUCGAGAAGCGCUGAAGUGCUGUUGCCUUUGCCGGCUGCAUUCACGUAAUUACCGAAGCCGCUGCCGUGAAGUGAGUGCGUAUAGAAAGUUAGUUUGUAACCGUUGAAAGUGAUAUUGAUAAGUAGCUGGUAGUGAUAAGGCAAUGCCAGGAUGGAAUCAAUCCGAAGAAAACUGCCACAGAACCCACGUGAAAAUGCUAAUCUGUUAUCCAUAUUAACAUUCUGGUGGACAAUAGAUCUGUUCAAGAAAGGCUACACCAAAGUGUUGGAACUGCAGGAUUUAUUCCGACCGCUCGAUGUGGACAAAUCGGACUCGCUGGGGGAUCGGCUUGAAGAAAAAUGGCGCGAUCAACAGAACAGCCCAGGGCGACCAAGCCUUAUAAAGGCUAUCUUCAAAACCUUCUGGUACGAGUACACCGUGCUGGGCAUUAUCGUAUUUUUCAACGACAUUGUCGUCCGUCUGUCGCAACCCAUCUUUCUCGGUUUGCUACUGCAAUAUUUCAGACAAGACAGCAACGUGACGCACGAGCAGGCAUUAUACUACGCUGCGGCAAUCGUGAUCCUGAACGCUAUCAGUGCUGUCACUAUCAACCAGUAUGUCCUCGGUUGCUUUCAGAACGGCAUGAAGGUGCGAAUCGCAAUGUGUAGCGUGAUCUACCGAAAAGCCUUGCGUCUGUCUAGGACGGCAUUGGGUGACACCGCUCCAGGUAAGGUCGUCAAUCUGUUGUCCAACGAUGUCAACCGCUUCGACAUCGUCUCCGUCUUUCUCCACUCAAUGUGGUCGGCUCCACUGCUGACUAUCAUUGUUGGGGUUCUUCUAUACCUGGAGAUAGGCGUUGCCGGUUUGAUAGGAAUGAUUGUGAUAUUUAUCGUUACGCCUAUUCAAUCGUACACUGGAAAGUUGACUUCGAGAUUCCGGUUCCAGACGGCACUGCGAACAGAUGAAAGAAUUCGACUGAUGGAUGAGAUUAUUUCCGGGAUACAGGUGAUCAAGAUGUAUGCUUGGGAGAAGCCGUUCGCCAAACUGAUCCAGAUGGCCCGACGAAUGGAGCUAAAGAUCGUCAAAAAGAGUUCUUACGUUCGAGCUCUCUAUAUGACGUUCCUUCUGUUUACAACCAGAACGGCUCUCUUCUGCACAAUGAUGGCCAUGGCCCUACUAGGCAAUGAUUUGACGGCUGCCAAAGUUUUUGUGGUGGCAACAUAUUUCGGAAUACUUGCCAAUACAAUGUCCGCCAUGUUUGUGCGAGGUAUUGCUGAGAUCGCCGAGGCUCUAGUUGCUAUGAAACGGUUGCAACGAUUUUUGGAAUAUGAAGAAAAAGAUCAGGUGCUCCUGGACAAGAAACAAAAACUACAAGAAGAGUUCGGCAUGAAUGGGGACAGUGCGGAGAAGCAAAAACUGAUCGAAUCGGAAACUCAGUUACCCCCAAAUGUUGCAAUCUCGAUGAGGAAUGUAACGGCUCGAUGGGGUGCCGUUAAAAGGCAAGAAGGAAUGGAAUCGAAAUCUGAUGCCAAAAAUGGAUACGCUGCACAUGCUAAGAAGUCAGAUGCUGGAGACAAUGUAAACGAAGAAGAUGAAUCAUGGAAGUCGGCUACCCUCUCGAAUAUUAAUAUUGACUUCCGCAAAGGAAUACUGAUUGGAGUUAUUGGACCUGUGGGCGCCGGCAAGUCAUCGUUGCUGCAAGCCAUUCUGAAAGAGCUGCCACUGGAAUCGGGGACAAUCGUAAGCAAGGGAAAAUGCGUUUACGUAAGUCAGGAACCAUGGGUGUUUGCUGGUACGGUGCGACAGAAUAUUUUAUUCGGGCACCCAAUGGAAAACGAUCGUUACGAUUCGGUAGUGAGUUCUUGCGCUUUGCUAAGAGAUUUCGAACAGCUUCCCGAUGGUGAUAAAACUAUUAUCGGUGAACGAGGAGCUGCGCUGUCCGGUGGGCAGAAGGCUCGUAUCAGUUUGGCACGAGCAGUUUAUCGCAGAGCUGAUAUAGUGCUAAUGGACGAUCCGCUCAGUGCCGUGGAUGCACAUGUCGGCCGUCAUCUGUUUGAUAUCUGUAUCGGACCCCGAGGACGGUUGGGUAAAGUGAAAGCUACGCGGAUCUUGGUAACGCAUCAGGUUCACUUCUUGAAGGAGGCCGAUUGGGUUGUUGUGAUGAAUGAGGGAAAAGUUACGAUGCAAGGUACUCCAAUGGACCUAUCGCAAAAUGGAAUUGAUUUCGUUGAACUGUUAGCGAAAAUGGAAGAAGAAACGGGUGACGGAGAAAGUUCUGUCAUGACAUUGGAUAAGCGGCGGGGUUCAAGGUCUUCAUCAAAAUCGUUCGCAUCAUCGUUCCAUUCGCUGAAUGAUCUAUCUGAGGACGACCAAGCGGAUGCUAAAAACAAAGACGAGGAGAAAUCUAAAUCGCCAAACGUCAAUGAAAAUAUGGAGAUGAGCUCAAAGGGUACUGUUCAAGGAUCGGUUCUGAUGAACUAUAUUCGCUGUGGAGCGAAUCCUGUGAUAUUAUUUGGACUGUUGUUGUUAUUCUUAGCGACGCAGGUGGUUGCUAGCGGAGCAGAUCUUUGGGUUGCUUUUUGGACAUCCCAGGAAGAACAGCGUAUAUUUCAAAGAGAUAAUGAAACAAGCACAAUAGAUCGAACUAAUUCUUCUACCAGCGAUGACCUGCUUCCGCCGGCAGGUGGAGCACCGUUAUUAAGUACCGAAAUUUGCAUGGCAGUGCACGGAGCUUUGGUUACAAGUGUAUUCUUAAUUGCAAUCAUUAGGUCAAUCAGUUUCUACAAGACAUCGGUUCGAGCAUCCCAGAACCUACACGACAGCAUGUUCAAGGGUUGCGUCUCGACUUCGAUGCGAUUCUACGACACUAACACAUCCGGCCGAAUCCUGAACCGGUUUUCCAAGGACAUGGGUUCGGUUGACGAACUUUUGCCAAAAGCAAUUCUCGAUGCUACGCAAAUUAUUCUCAGCAUGGUCGGGACUAUUGUGGUAACAGUGAUCGUGAAUCCAAUGUUCCUGAUUCCACUCGCGUUUCUCGCUGUUAUAUUCAUCUAUCUCCGCCGAAUCUAUCUGAAGACGUCCAAAAAUAUUAAACGGUUGGAAGGAAUAACCCGCUCACCGGUGUUCUCCCAUCUAGCCGCCUCGCUGGCUGGUCUACCCACCAUCCGUGCCUUCGAAGCUCAGGAAGAGUUGAUCCGGGAGUUCGACGCCCAUCAAGACAUUCACACAUCUUCUUUUUACAUGUUCAUCACCAGCAGUACCGCGUUUGGGUUCGCCCUGGAUUUGCUCUGCUUGCUGUUUGUGUUCGUUGUGGUGUUUAGCUUCCUCGUGUUAGACACGGGCAUCCUGGGCGAUCGAGUAGGUCUGGCUAUCACCCAAUCGAUGGCACUGACCGGUAUGAUGCAGUGGGGCAUACGACAGAGUGCCGAGGUGGCGAAUUUCAUGAUGUCCGUCGAACGGUUGCUCGAGUACCGCGACCUGAAGCAUGAGAAACAACCGGACGAACCGAGAAUAUUAAACAAGAAUUGGCCGGAGGCUGGACGGAUUCAGUUCAAAAAUGUUAGCUACCGCUACUUCGAGGGCGGUAAUUUGGUAUUGAAAAAUCUGAACUUUGAGAUAAAUCCUAAGGAAAAGGUGGGAAUCGUUGGACGCACUGGUGCGGGCAAGUCUUCCUUGAUAGGAGCGCUUUUCCGAUUGGCGCAGGUUGAAGGGGACAUUCUGAUUGAUGGGGUUAAUACGGGAGAGAUCUUACUGGAGAAUCUACGAUCGAAGAUUGCAAUCAUUCCUCAGGAUCCGGUGCUAUUUUCCGGAACGUUGAGAAGAAACUUGGAUCCAUUCGAGGAUUUCCCGGAUUCUGAUUUGUGGAAUGCAUUGGAACAGGUUGAAUUGAAAGACAUUGCCAAUGGUCCGCAUGGUUUGCAAAUGGCUGUUGCGGCGGGUGGCUCGAACUUCAGUGUCGGCCAAAGGCAGCUGAUUUGUUUGGCCCGUGCCAUUCUUCGGAAUAACCGGGUGCUGGUGUUGGAUGAAGCCACUGCCAACGUAGAUCCGAACACCGACCGUCUCAUUCAGGAAACGAUCCGUAUCAAGUUUGUCGACUGCACGGUACUCACCAUCGCUCAUCGCCUGAACACGAUCAUGGACUCCGAUCGGGUGCUGGUAAUGGAUGCAGGUGAAUCGGUAGAGUUCGGAUUAGCGCACGAUCUGUUGCAGAUGCCAGUUGGUGUCUUCAAAGAAAUGGUUCUAGCUACAGGACCGGCUGAGUCGGAAAGACUUGUACACAUUGCCAAACAGAAAUUUGACGAAACGGUGCGAGAGUGAAAACGGAGAACAGAUGCAAACAACGGUCGUGUUCAGUAGUACAAAAAAGUGUCCUUACGAGAAGAAUGCAAACUAACGAAAUUCUUUUAAUGGUAAAAAAAAUGCACCAAUUCUGUUUUAAGCAGCCCUUGCGCGUUCAAUAUUUUUGUCAAUACUAGAGAGUAUUGACAAAAAUAUUGUACGUGUAAUGGUAAAAGUUGUAUUGACGAGGUGCAUUUCAAAUGGAAUUGACGUGUUGAAGCAAUACUAUGUAUUGACAAAAAUAUUGAACGUGUAAGGGCCGCUUUAAUCUACCUGUUUUUGUAAAGGUCGAAAAACUCAAUUAAAUUAUGAAUCUUUAGCUAUUACGCGCUCAGUUGAAUAA